CAGUACGCUGGCCCGUUCUAAUGUCACAAUCACCAAAAAGCAAAGUAGGCUGGGGAAUCCUAGCUUAAACCAUGAUUCAUUUCAAGGAAUUCGCGUUUAUUCCACAAAAAAAAUCGCUGAAACUGUACCACGUCGCCGGUUGUGCGUGAAGUGUGGCGUAACACAUGUGACCCAGGCUGCAAAACAUUGAUUUCGGCCCCGCUUGAACUGUACAAGUAGGGGUGCUUCAGAUCUAAUCGCCACGAUGUGUCUCAAGUGCUACCCGCAAAAAGGCCCGUGAGGCGGAGAUCCGGCUCGUCUACAGGGUGUCCCUUGCGAUCUUGAAAAGGACAAGACGCGGGCAGUUUGACAGCAGACGAUAUGUGCCGGUCGGUUUUGUGCCGUGUGAACGAUAGACAGUGCGUUUCGGAUAAGCCGCUCACUCCUGCCAGAAUUUCCUAAGACUUUUGUAUACAGUGUGGCACGAAAAUGCCGGGAUUGGUUGCUUUCAGAAGGAGGUGGUCGGUGGGGUCGGACGAUCUGGUGGUGCCCGGCGUGUUUCUGUUCACCAUGCACCUUAUUUGGGGCAUAGUACUGACCGUCCUGCUGAUUUUGGUCCAUUUUGAUAAGAAGGAAGACUGCGUUUUUUGGCUAUGGUGGUUCAUCAUAGGAUACAUGAUUAUUCUAGUCUUUUCAAUGGUUCUCGAGUUAGCUGUAGCAAUCAUAGCGUUAAAAGGUACUAUUCUCGAUCAAGAACCAAGGGAAUCCAUGCAGUACGUCCUCUAUGUUAGAGUUGUUGUGAUGUCCAUAGAAGGUGGAUUGUUAGGUGCUGGAGUCUAUUGGCUUGUCACCUUCUACAAAACCUGCCAAAUAGAGAAAGCCAAAGAGUAUAUUUUAGGUCUAGUCAUUUUCAACUGCUGCUUGUUACUCUCGGUACUUAUAACAGUCUGGUGUACAUACGAUGCAGCUGGUAGAUCUUGGGUCAAGAUGAAGCAGUACCAAAAAUCGAUGAGGGAGAUGGAAUCCAAAUACCAAUACAAAAGGUCCAACAGCACGAGGAACUGGAGACAGAGAAAAGUACUGAGGGCCUACCAGGACCGGUGGCAACAGAGGUGCAAAUUCCUAUUUUGUUGUUACUCAGCUUCAGACAGGAACAGGAACUCUUUCUCGGACAUAGCCAAGUUGCUGUCGGACUUUUUCAGGGAUCUGGACGUCGUACCUUCCGAUGUCCUGGUCGGCUUGGUGCUGUUGAGGAAAUUCCAGAAGAUAGAGAGGAAAAACAUCAUUGAACAGAAGUUGAACGACACUUACGAGUACCUCUCAGGGGUGCCCGUUACGCCCCGCACCCAAUUCCUGUCGCUCCACGAGGGCGGGCAGGACUUGGAACUGUUCCAGACUGUGAUACACUACGCCCACUACGCCGUACACGCCUACGGCUGGCCCAUGUACGUCAUGAGCAACAAGCUCGGUUUCGUCAAGGUGUGCUCGAACUUGACCUGCUGCUGCUUCCCCUGUAGCAAGAGCGGCGAGCUGACAGUCGACCCCGAGAUCAUAAACGACAACUGUUGCAAAUGUAACUACGCCGUCUUGCAGAAGUUGUGCAAGGAGGGGGACAUAGAGAUCGUCUACGCCACCUACCACUGCGAUGUGGGGGAGACGCCGUUUUUCAUAGCUUUGGACUAUGACAGGAGGAAGGUGGUCAUAAGUAUCAGGGGUACUUUGAGUAUGCAGGAUAUACUGACGGAUCUGAACGCUGAGGGUGAGACUAUACCUCUGGAUCCCAUCAAGGAGGAUUGGCUGGGGCACAAGGGGAUGGUCCAAGCGGCUCAAUACAUCUACAAUCAUCUGGAGAAAGAGAGACUUAUCGAAGCGGCUCUUCAGCACAAUUUAGAGAGAGGAACCAACACUUUUCAAUUGGUCCUUGUUGGACACUCCCUUGGGGCUGGUACCGCUUCAAUCCUUGGGAUUUUGCUCAGGCAACAUUACGAAAACCUGGAAUGUUACUGUUACGCCCCCCCAGGGGGUUUGUUGAGUAUGCCAGCCGUGGAAUAUAGUAAAAAAUUCACGAUUUCAGUCGUGGUGGGGAAGGACGUUGUGCCUAGGAUAGGGCUACAUCAGAUGGAAGCCCUAAGGGCUGAUCUCAUAACUGCUAUCAAGAGGAGCGUGGAUCCCAAGUGGAAGACCAUAACAUGCUCGAUAAUAUGUUGCGGAUGCAUCCAACCUACCUCGGUGGUGGAAAUGAGUGAAAGAGACACGAUUGUUAGCGAAUAUUCGAAAUCUAAAAAGCGGGCAAGAAAGGAGAGCCUACACCCUAGCGAUUCAUCGAUAGCCCUAACUAGUCAUCAUCCCCUAUACCCCCCAGGGAGGAUAAUCCACGUUGUGAGGCACCAUCCAACGAAAGGAGAGCAAGCCAUAUCGAAGAGGCAACCUGUCUACCAAGCCCUGUGGGCCCAAAACGUGGAUUUCGACGAAGUGAUCAUCUCCCCGGUCAUGAUACAAGACCACAUGCCGGACAGGGUGUUGAGCGCCCUCCAAAAGGUUAUAACCACCCUAGGUCCAAGAAAACCUCAACGGAUAUCCAGCAUAUCGUCCAACAACUGCGGAACGACAAUGAACGAGCUAACAUCGCCCUCCUCCGAAUCCAGCCCCAAGACCAGACUUUACCUAGAAACCAGUUUCACGUCCCUGCAGUCGCCCACCCUAGUGGGCGGAGCCUUACCGAGCAACGCCUCCUCCGUAACCAACGGCUACCACUCGGCCAGAUCGCAACCGAGUCCCCUGCAGAUAAACCACGUGUUGACGAUGCUCGGUAACGACAACAUAUCCGAUUUCAACCUGAACAUAGAGCCGUCCAGGCACCCCAAGAGUCUGAGCUUGAACAUCAAGACUACCACGUCGCCGGUUACCAAAUUCGAUCUGAUACACGACGAUUGGUUCGGACUUGCGCCGUUGGCGUCGCCCGAGAGCCUGUCGGAGAUAUCUGUCAUAUCUUCCAGGGCCAGCUUGAUGACGAGCUCCGUGGGUGAGAGCGCAUGUCACACGCCUAAACUGAUGAAGAGGACUUUGAAGAUCGUUGGGAAUUUGAGCACUUGCGCUGAUGACGUCGUGAAUGUGGCUAAUUUUCAGAAGGUUAAAACGUUUGAAAGGAAAAGAUCUGUGACUAGUAGUCCCUCCACUAACUCCAGUUUUGAAUCAGCGAUCAAUGAAGUGCCACGUUUGAGGGAAUGCGAUGCUAUUUUAGAGACUGGGAAUGUUCCAGAUAAAAAUUCCUCAGAUGAUUUUCAAUCAGCUGAAGAUAUCCUUGAUAACGUCAUGAUAUCUGCAGGUUGCAAGGAGUUCUUCAAUAGCACCCCCUCCUUCCUAGAGACCCACUUCGAUUUCUUCGAGUCCGACAAGCAGCAAGACAGCCCCAAGAUGUGCAGACUGGUCUACCAGAGCACCCCAACCCUCCUAUCACCCAACAGCCCCGAAGAAAUCGACCAGGACCUCCUGUCCAACCUGGCCAUCGACCUCAACCUCCAAGAAUCCAACAGGUCGAUGCAGAUCUACAGUUCGAAGAGCAACAGCGUGGACUCCGGCAGCACCUGCAGGACCCCCUCGGACAGCAAGAACGUGACCUUCAACCCCCAAGUGAUAAACAUUGAACACAUACCCCUGAGUCCGAGGAAGAAGGACAGGUGGCCUUUUUUUCGCUCCAAGAGCAACCCUUCGAAGAUGAACGUGGAACUGUCGUUGCCCAAGCCUACUAGGUUGGCGGAGCCACCCAAGACUAUUCUGUGCACCAAGCGGAGGAACAGCGAGGAGGAUUUUUUCGCAAGGACUGAGGCCCUGCCUCUUCUCAGUGGUUUGAGUGGGAAUUUUAACGAGAGGAGGAAAAACCACGUUUUUCCUUCUGAUGUGGCUGUUAUGAACAAACCGAACGAGAGCAGUGUGUGAACCGUUGUUUUGAUGUGAGUGAGCGAGGAAAUUUGUUCAAUUAAUAGGAUAGUGAGAA